CCAACGAGACGCUAAGCACUCGUAAACAACUUGGAAUGGCAUGUGUCGGUGCUUGCUAGUAGGAAAACAACGUCGCAGACACUGCACACACUGUCUCAUUUGUGAGAAACAGCGAACUAAUGUUAGAGUGAUGCCUUGGUUGUAGCAUCAUACGAAGACACAUCCGUUUUAACUUCAACGGCCAAAAUGAAAAAGGGUAAAAAGUCCAAGGCGAGUACGGCCAUGAAGCCGGUCGAUUCUGAUGAUUCGGGAUCAGGACCAGUAAUGAAACCCAGAUCUCUUCCUAACCAAGCAUUUGGUAACAUGUCUAACCCGAAAGGAAUACCCGGCAUGAAUAAAUUGCUUGAAAAGGCUUCUAAGGAUAAUGAAAAGCUCACGGAAGAAUAUGCAGCUGGAAGUAUGACGACAAAGGCACGGACUCCUUCACCAAAAACCACGGUCAUUGACAAAGCCAAAAUGCUGAAAUUGUUUGAGGAGGAGAAAAUUACAACUCACUUUCCACUGGAGAAAAUACAGGGGAUCAUGGCCAUGGUGACAGCAGGGGGUGCAUUUACCCUAGAUUUCAGCGGAAUUGAACAGGUCUGCGAUGCUGUUUUUGCUACAAUGGUCAUGAACAAAGCCGUUAAAAGUGUGAAGGUAAUCAAGCUGAAUGGCUGCUGUCAUGUGACUGAUCUGGGCGUAAUGUGGAUGGCGUCCUGUUUCCCGGAACUCGUGGAAGUUUCAUUGUCCGGAUGUGUUUUAGUCACUGAGUCUGGACUCCAUGCUUUAGUAACCAAGUGUAAAAAACUGACUGACCUUGACCUCACUGGAACAAAUGUGUCCAUACUGGUUUCUGGAUGUGCAGACAAGAACAUUGUCAUCAAUGGAUGUCCUGUCAUCUCACCUGAUAAAAAAACCAUGGCUAACCAAGACCUCAGUUCCAUACUUAAAGGCUUAAAGACACCUGGAUUCAUGAAGUCGGAUAAAACUGAUAUGGUGAAGGUGAUUGUUAGCAAGCCGCUCAACUCAACCUCCAGCUUUGUGGCUUAUCUCACAAAGGACAGCAUUAAGGAAGCCAAGAUGUUUCGAAUCAAGAUGGCACACAGCCUUGCUCCGGGAUUCACCGCAAAUAUGCUUGAAUGCGAUAUGGGCGUCAUGGAUCAUUUUAUCACCAAGAGAUCGUUGUGCGUGCUUCCAUAUGGUGCAGAUGCUGACAUGUCUGCUGAUGCCAUAGCAACCCGUCUAUACGCAGUUGUCUCCCAUGCCCUGUCGGUGGAUUCUGGCAUUCCCUUCAUCAUUGCUGGUAUGAGUAAUGGCGGGAAGAAGUGCGUCAGCCCUGAUGCUGUCAAGACUGCCAUGGAUAAACUCAUUAGUAAAUCUAAAGACAGUCUCAAAGCUGAAACGCAAAUGUGCCAGAAGCCACAGUUGAAGGAUUGUCAUUGGAUUGAACAGCAACAACUCUGUCGAGCGUUAAACCUGCUGUCAGGUCUGGAGAACAUCAAAAUUUCUACACUCACUUUGGAUCUGAAUGCUGCUGGCCAGGCUGAUGUGAAUGCCAAGCUAAUGGGGGGAGUCAAACAGGUAUCUGCUGCAUAUCCAGAAUAUCAGGAAAUGUACGCUGCUGUGUUUUCGUAUAUAACAUCGGAUGCCAUUGACACCAUGCUGAAGGAUGGGAUAGUCUCCAUUAAGUCAUCUGCUAAGUCAAAUCAACGGGUAUUGACCAUUAUGGAGUACUUUGGACGUGCCAAAUGCUUACAGCUAUCCAAUCAGGAUACGGCCAUGGCAUCAAUACAGUGCAUGGCAGACAUAAUAUCCACUGCUUUCGAUGGUAACCAUGGCAACAACGACGGUUCCACAUCUCUCGUCAGUAACGGAGUACCGUUGUAUGUUAGGGAAGAGAUGAAAAAGACACUUACCAAAGUUUUCAAAGGAGACGAAGAGCAAGGGGCCAAUGGUGUGACUCUGUACUCUGAGCUGGGAUUGAGCUGUGCCGUGUCAGCAACAGCCAAUGUGCUACUUAAUCAACUUACAGAUACAGUUCCCGCUGCUGUGAAUCUGAUAAGAAAGACCGACAGGAAGGAUAUCAUUUAUGCUGAGUACACCUUUGAAUUUUCUCACCCAGUAUCAAACGGCUUACUCCACAGAAUCAUAAACAUGGCUGCACUUAUUCGAAAGCCACUCUUCAUUUGGCAGACGGGCUGUGUACAACAGGAGGGCUUGGUUGAAGUUAUAUUAGAAAUGCAGCAUAAUGGUGCUGUAAGUAAACUACGCGUGAAGAGUCAGACUCCACAAGAAAACUCACUAUUCCCAGCGAAGACCAAGAUUACUGUCGAUCGAGCGAACAUGCGCAUCUGGCAACUCCUCGAACAGUACAGUCAGCUGGCCUUGAAAGUCAUCAAACAAAUGGGACUUUUUGCCAAGAUCGAAAGGAAAAGCACAGAUCCCAAACCAAGUAAUGUGUUUGCCUGUAUAUCGGAUCACAAAAUCCCGGUUCCGACGGAAGUGGAGGAAAAGAUGACAUCUCAGUCACUACUCUGUUCUAUCUGUGGUAUCUCCACCAACCACUAUGAGUUACAAACGAGGGUACAAAGAAAAAUAACAACUAGUUUUCUGGCCUCUUCACAAAUGAUGUUCCCUCCGGAUACAGACAAAGUCACACAGAGUGGAAACCUCCUCAGUUUCCUUCCAGGAAGCGAGAGCUCUCAUGUCCUCUUCAAGACCAUCAUGGACCCUUACGAACAGAACUCAUGGAAAAUUACUUUUCUUGAGGGAAAACCAUCCAACAUUUCUAUAUCCUUAUUGCUAGGAGGAGAGGGAGAGAUGUUCUAUAACUUAGACCUGAACGCGAAGGAGUUUGUUGCCGGCAAUGGAACAGAAAAAAAGGUGCUGAUGAAAGUCCCCCCUGUGGAGCUCGGAGACACGCUGGUCCUCCAGUUGAGCCCUGGUCCCGUUCUCCAGGGAAAGCCGGAAUACUCCUUCAGUCUCAUUAUCCAGGAACAGCUUAUCAUGACUUUCAGUGUUCCGGCCAAAAAGAUAAAAGUCCGGAUCACAGGAAGGCAUGUUGCGGAUUCAACUAGUACAGUGAUGGUACAUGGACUUCUACCUGUGCCUUCAAAGUCGACAGAAGUUGUUGAAGGAAUGCGACUUGAAGCUUUGGACCGCUUGAAUCCUUCACUUGUUUGUGUGGCAUCAGUGGGGAAAAUUGAUGAGACAGAUGGCCGACUGUUGAUCCAUUUUGAUGGCUGGACAAAACGUUACGACUACUGGACAGAACCGGAAUCCAAGGAUAUACAUCCGAUCGGCUACAUGGCUUUAAAUGCAAACUCAAGCAACCAUAACUACACUGUGGAACUACAAAGACCCAAAGGGAGGGCUCAGGAAUUUGAGUGGUUUGACUAUCUGCAAGAAAUAGGACAGCUGCCUGUUCCUUAUGAGUUCUUUAACGAGGCCCAGUGUGAGGGAACUCAACCAGACGUUGAGAAUGAAGUUCUUACGAAGCUUGGCUACGCUUCGGAUGUUAGCAACCAGCAAGUGAUGUCAUGUGUGUCCGCCAAAGACACUGAGAGACGUUUGGAGUUUGCAACCAUGAAGAAGUGUACAUUAACUCCGGCUGUUGUUGACUUCUUCAACAACAAAUUCAAGUUUUUCUGUCUGCUGCCUGCCAACCUCAAUGAAGACAUGCUGAUGUACCCAUCACUACAGCAAAUCAUCAAUCAGGCGGACCAGAUGAUCCACCUCCUGUGUCCUGGCAACAGAAUGGAGCUGCUCCACUUUUUGGAUCAUCCUGGACUGAGCCUAGCCACAUACAACAAGGAUACUCAGUUCCAGCAAAUUGCCUCCUACCUCUCCAACUGUUAUAUAGGGCUCCUCAUACAAAAGGACAUUUUACCAAACCCUCCGAUGAAAAUGAUUGGUGGCAUUGAGGGGACCCUCACACCCGACACGCUUGAUCUGAUGGAGACAAGGUUACGCCGCAUUUUCUACCUCUACUUGUUAUGGAUUGGUCAAGUAGAACUGCUUAACAAAGAACUGGGAAUGACCGUAGACAUCCACAUGACCAUUCUCACGAAUAUCCAGGGUAACAAGGCAGCUUGUUCGGAACUAAACAAGGUGUUUGACCUUUCGCAUGGCUUUAAAACGACCGGCAUCAACAGUUGUUUAGCACACAGCCUGGCACUGUCGGCUGGACAAGAUAUGAAGACGAUCAGCAUGGACAGAUUCCAAAUGAUGUACCAAUUCUUACAAAAGCUGGACUUCAGGAAAAACGGUCUCAAAGAACUCUCCAAUGAUUUCCUGGGGAGAUUCACCAAGUUGGAAGAAUUGGAUCUGAGCGAAAAUCAACUUCAGGUUUUACCAAAAGGUUUUUCAAACACAAUAUGGCUAUCUCAUCUCAACAUCAGUAAAAAUCAAAUCUCUCAACUUCCUGAUGAUCUGUCCGCCCUGAAGGAUGUUCUAACUUUCCUGGACAUUUCCGAUAAUCCCUUCAAAGAAAUUCCCAAAGUGGUUUGGACUCUUGUAUCCCUCAAAACACUCCAUGCAGACAAUAUCGGGAAAAUUGGAAAUCUUGAAGCCAUCGUCAACAUGAAGGAUUUGACCGAGCUCUCCUUGGCAUCCAAUUUGAUCACCACUAUCCCAGAAUCCUUUGGACAACUGGCCUUGACAUAUCUCAACCUCUCUGGAAUUCCCUGGUUUCCAGAUCUUGUAACUGGAAAGUCUCGACCAACAUUCAAGACGUUCAAGUCUAUUCUGAACCAGUACACAGUGUUUGGAGCUAUGCUAGAUGAAAAGGAACAGUUUGAGUUGUUCAGUAAGGUGGACAAAGACGCUUCGGGGACCCUGGAGAAGGAGGAACUUCUGGAGAUGAACACACUCCUGUUUAGCAUGUACCCGAGGUUCGGAGUCAAGGAUCUGGCUUACCCUGCCACUGGAGGUGUUCCUGGUGUCAUUUGUAAGCUGACUAGUCUGGAGCGACUGGAGUUGUCCUUCCAUGGCUUGAAGCAGGUGCCUGACGAGAUCAAGAACUUAAAAGCUCUGACGAGUCUGGAUGUGUCCAAUAAUCCCUACCUGGAGAGCAUCAGCAGCAGUGUGGGAGAACUCCCUAUGAAAGAAAUCAACCUCAAAUACUGUCCAACUUUGAAGACACCACCAAAGGAAGUUGUGGCUCGGGGUUUCAACGCCGUAUUCGGAUACCUUAAACGCCUGUUGUCUGGUUCUGUCCAAUGCAGACGAACUAAGCUCAUGAUGGUUGGGCUUGGUGGGGCAGGAAAAACAAGUCUGGUACGCUCUUUGACAGCUUCUAGAGCCGUUUAUAACCAGGACUACGGAGAACAAAUCACAGACGGCAUCAGUAUCACAGAUUGGACAGUCGACACGAAAAACAAGGACGAAUCGCUGACGUUUAACGUGUGGGAUUUCGCAGGACAGACCGUCUACUACAACACUCAUCAGUUUUUCCUGUCUAAUCGGGCAGUGUAUCUGCUCUUGUGGAACAUUCGACUCGGAUUUGAGCAUGCAGGAUUGGAUUUCUGGCUUAACUCAGUCGUUUGUCACGCUCCGAAAGCUCCCAUCAUUAUUGUCGGAACACACUGUGAUAAGGUUGAGAAGUCAAAGAUUCCUCAGGAUGAACUGAAGCGGAAAUAUCCUCAAAUUGCCGGCUUCUUUUUUGUCAGCUCCUUCACAGGAGAGGGUAUUCAAGAUUUGAAGACAUUCCUCGUAAAUUUGACCCUGCAGCAGAAGUACAUGGGAGAAAGGAUCCCAGAGGCCUGGCUGACACUAGAGCAAAGGGUCAUUCAAAAAAGGAAAGAAGAGAAAAUAGAUUUGAUGAAGUGGAAAGGGGUAGAGGAUGUUGCUUCGCAUUGUGGAAUUGUGGAUGGCCAAGAGCUUGUACAAGCUGUGCAUUUCCUUCAUGACCUCGGGUCACUACAGUUCUUCAACACUGAAUUCCUGCGUGGCUAUGUCGUCAUCUAUCCCCAGUGGAUUGUCGACGUCAUGGCGUGUAUUGUGACUGUCCAUGCAGGACCCACACAGGAUGGAAAGCUGUUCCAUAAGGACAUGGCUGAGAUUUGGAAGGCAUAUCCUGAAGAAUUCCACCCAUGGCUGCUGCGACUCACGGAGGAGUUUGACUUGACAUUUCCUCUGGUGGAUGAGCCAGCUAAUCUCGUCCCCUGUCUGUUGCCAAACACCGAACAGAAGUACAAUUGGCCUGUUAUUGAGGAAGGAUCUAACAUCAAGGAGGGAAAGAUGAUCUAUAGCUUUGAGUACCUGCCUGCUGGUCUCUUCAACAGGGCCCAGGUGAGACUGCAUCAGUUUGCUGAGAAUGGAAUUCUUUGGAAGAAAGGCAUGUUUCUAAAGAAGAAUGACCACAUCGCUGUGGUGCUUCAGGACAGUGCUGGUAGUGUCCUGGUCAAGGCCCAAGGGUUCCGUCCCGAGAACAUAAUCUUCCUGGUCCACGAAGUGUUCGAGACGCUGAUUACAGAUGCCUAUAGUGGAGUCCAGUAUGACUUUCGCAUCCCUUGUAUGGAGUGUAUGAACAUGCAUCUCAGCGAGCCGAGUAUGUUUUCCGCAACCAAGAUACAUCGAGCGGCCGAGCUUAAGGCACCGUUCCUGCAGUGCGACAAUCUCUUUCAUGUCUUGUCCAUCUCAGAACUACAGAAUGCCCUGCCCCCAGACAGAAAUGUUGACCUUGACAAUCACUUGCGUCGAAGUGUCCAGGAGCUCCAAGACCUUGGAGAAGGAGUCAAAGUCAACAUGCUUUUCUGCUACAGCAAGAGAAACAUCCCGUCCCUGCAGGACGAGGGCAAAUGUGUCCAUCCGGGGACCAUCAUGGAAGACUUGAGAGCCGCUGGAUAUAAUGUGGCUUUCUGUGAUAAUCCGGAGACUGCGGACAUGUCAGCACUUACUCUCACCAUGAAAUCAGCAAAGGUGGUUUUGAUUGGAAUGUCCGAUGAACUGUGUGAAACAGAGGCCUGUCGCAACAUCAUUAUCUUUGUGAAGGAAACCCUGCGUAAACCCAUUGUGCUUGUAGCUCUCGGCAAAGGGCUGAAGUGGAAGGAUUCAAACAUUUACAUCACCUUGAAUGAUGAGGUAUACAUAAAAAUGACGGACCCAAAACUCUACCAAAACAAGUUUGCUGAAUUGAAAGAAGCCAUACAGAGGAAAGUCCUUAAAAAGGCAGUGGUUGAAGACCAACCAGCAUGUUUUGUGAGCUACUGCUGGUCAAACUCCCAUGAUGCAAUUAGCAAGGGAAGUCGCAAGAAGGAAGGCGCACUCGGCUAUGGUGAUCCAAGAAAAGUCAAGAACUACUUAGAAAGCAAAGGCAUCCCCUGUUGGCUGGAUAUAGAAAGAGUUGGAGGGGGUGGCUUGUUCGAGGACAUUGCUGGCGGUUUGAGGAAAGCUCAGGUUGUUGUGGCGUGUGUGUCCAAUGAGUACGCCAAUUCAAAUAACUGUCAGAUGGAGUUCCGCUUUGCUUUGUGCCAGCUCCGCCUGCCGAUCAUACUUGCAGUGGUUGGCACAGGUUACCAGUGGGAGAGGUCAGAGAUUGGAAUGCUUGCUGUUGGACACCAGAGUGUAAAAGUGAACUUCCAGCAUGAAACUGGUGAUGCGUUUGAUGCACUACUUAAGGAGGUCAAAGCUAAGAUCAAGGUCAAUACUGACGAGGACGAGAGCAAGAAUGGAAAAGACCAACAGAAAGUUGCAUUCCAGGAGGUUCUCGAGUUGUCACAACGACAGUUCUUGCGCCAUCUUGUGGGCUACGCCGAUUCCAUGUACAGUGGCCAUUACCCACGACUCAUCGUUCUGGACUUGGUGGAGGAAGAAAUACAACCAGCGGAGGAGAAAAAGGUUGAAGUAGUGAUGACUGAUGAAGAGAGGAAGGCUGCUGAGGCUGAGAAUAAGGCGAAACAUGCCGAGACACUGAAUGCCAAGAUGAAGCAGGCUUUGAAGAACAUCAAGGACAAAGAUGGAAAGGAAAAGUCUGAAGCUGAGAAAAAAGAAGAAGAGGAAGAAGAUGAAGAGGAGGAAGAAGAGGAGGAAAAUACGAAGUGGAAAUCCAAAUAUUGUUACCGGCUACUUUGCGAACAUGAGGAGGGCUGGCAUACUGUAGACUUAACCAUCCCUUCCCCAGAACAUGAAGGCAAGGAGGAAGAGGAGCAAUGGCUGGCCUCAAUGGCCCCUUACAUGGCACGGAUGUUUGCCAUCCUCAAAUACUCGAGCCUAAACAUGGCCAGUCUGAACACCCCGGAAGGUCAGACUCUACAGGCCAAACUGCAGACGAUUGCCACAGAUUUGAACAAGAAUGAGUUCCAGGAUGAGUAUGUGGAGGUGAGGGCUAGUGUGAUGGACAUUGACAAACAGAAGACAGCAGCAGGUCUGAAGAGAUGUCACAUGCUGAACGGAAAGACGCUAUGGUUAUGCGACAAACACAGAGGCCAAAGUGGCAGCAAGACGGAAAAACUGUACCAGCAGCUACUUAUGCCCCACGAGGAUCCAGGAAAAGCUAAACAUUCUAAACCUGAAGAAAUAGCUGUUUUGGCUCAACAGGAGCCCGAGUCAACGCCAAGUCAAGCGACCAGUCGGAGGGAGCCAAAAGAACCAUCGAAACCCAAACUUUUCCGCAUGAGAGAGACUGGCGGUUCCAAGUCAGGCAAACUGAAGCGACAGACAAGUCAAGCGUGUAGUGUGAUGUAAACCAAAAUAAUUGAGAAAUGUGUUAUGUAGAAAAAUACCUAUGUUUAAGACUUCUGUCUUUUCUUCUACUUUGUGUUUUGGAUAAAUUACGGUACAACUGUACCUGGACAUCUAAACUUUGUAGUAGCAGCUACGAUUGAAGAACUAUCUACAUCUUUUUGUUCACAACAUGACAAAAAUUUACGCAGUUUUAUCAGAAUUGGUCAUUGGAUAACCCCAAGGUUUAUAUGGAGCAGAGUAUGCAUACCUUGGUUACAUUGGGAAAUACUCCUUAUCGUAUAUCUGGUUCUAGUCCAGUAGCCCUAAUAUUUGUAAGCAAUCCCUUUUUUCGGCCGAUUACAUGCACGCUUAAUUGCAAAAGCUGAUGUUCUUCCUUCCUUUUGACAAGGAAUCUUGUAUGUGUACCGUAAUUGUGAGCAUAGUGCCUGCAUUCGAAAUGGAUGCUAAUCGCGAACAUAUCACACGAACUUACCUACUUGUAAGCAAUCUGCGAUAUACUAUAUGACAUGUACGGAUAAAAAAAUUACGGUAAAUUUAUUUGUAUUGGAAGACAAUCGCAUGCUCAAUUUGAAAAAGAAAUAUUAAUUUAUUUUGUAAUAUAAUAUUUAAUAUCUUGUGUAGUUUAAGCUGUGGUGACUUUUGAUUCUAUAACUGUAUACCUGAAAAUGUUUCAUCGACAAUUAAGCUUUUAAGCUAUUUUUAUAAUAAGAACUUAAACGAUUCCUAUUGUAUUUCAAAUGUGAAGGGUAAAAUGAAUGGUUAAUGAAUAUUUUAAUGGAGAAACUAUUUUCCGGUAUACAGGUAUUUGGACGGUGUUAAAUAUGUGAUAUCAUGAAAUUAUGUUUUGUAUACCUUAACACAUGCAUCUUCUAUUUAUUCACUUUAUAUAAGUUGUGGGAGAAAGUCAAUUUCCUGAAAUUGAACACUUUCUCAUAAUACCUUUGAACGUUAUGAGUUAAGAGAUUGAAUUCCAAAAUUUACAUAUACAUACAUUUAGUCUGUUGUAUGUGGAAAAGGAUAUGGUGAACCUGUUGUUUUUUGUUUCGAGAAAAUAAAAAUGUAUCAAGACGAGCAUGUUCCAAUUGCCCAUAUUUGAUUAUAUUUUAGAGAAAGUAUCAGAUACGAGUAAAUUUUACAGAAAACACUAUUAAAAAUGCCAAUUUCUUUACAUGCCUUUAAUUAAUGUGGAAGGCACGUUUUAGUAAGAUUUUUGAAUAUUUUGCUUUGUACAUAUACAUGGCUUCAUGAAGUGUAUUUAUUUCAAUUUAUAUUGUACAUUUUAACCAUAUACGUAUACAUUUGUUUUUUACAUGAUGAUGCAGAAAGUGUUAUGUUUUUAUACUUGUGAUAAUGAACGUCAUUUGCUCUUUUUAUUUUUAACUUUGUUAUUCAUAUACAUGAUUACAAUGUUGAUUCAGGAUAUACAUAUAUAAAUUUGACAACGUGACACUCUUUAUUAGUCACAACCAUGAUUAAUCACUGAUUGAUUUAAUAUUUCAAUAUGUUGUAUACUCACGACAUCCUUUGUGACAUUGUAAGCAAACACCGUUGAUAUUAACCUUCUAAUAACCUUGUCUUGCCUUAUGAACUCACCUUGUUGAAGGCCACGUGAUUUAGGCUAUGGUCGUGUAUUCGAUGCCGUCCGCUGUCGACUGUUCAAUAAAAUGCCAUUUCAACUAGUCAAGAAAGACAACCAGAGAUUUGAACAAAAUUUUAUAUGAUCCAUUCCUCGUUCAAUCAAAUUAAAUUUUGUAUAAAUGAAGGAUGUUGCCCUCUUUGACACAGAUGAAUAGAAUGAGACCAGUAUUCUCUGUGAUGACAGGCAAGUAGGGGAAAAGUGUAUUUUAAAAGACUACUCCUAAUGAAAGGUUGACUAAUUCAUAUGUUAACCGUGAAAGUAUAUAAAAAUGCGAAGUCGAAUUAUUUUAUUAUCUAAUUUGUAUGCUCUAAGGUAUUGGCCGAAGGGUUGCGGGUUCGAGUCAGGGCACGGCACUGUGUUGUAUCUUUGAUCAAGAUACUUUACUCCGCUU